UAAUAUUUCUUUACCAGUUAACAAACACGGAGCAAAGAGAGAGAGAGAGAGAGAGAGAGAGAGUGUGUGUGAGAGAGAUAGAGGGGCUAUACUAUACACACCAUUCUUUCAUUCAUGGCAUUUUCUUUGUGUUUCAACUGAUAUACAUAUACUCUACACGAAUCUAUAUGCCCAUUUGUAUCCAAUUGCAUACACGAAAAUCUCUGCACUCUUUCUCUCUCCCGCUCAAUCUCGAUUGUCUCUGACUUCGAUGGCAGAUGUUGUUCGACUAUCUUUCAAUUCGCUUCGAUUCUCUUCUUCGGUGCUAAGUUCCUCCUCAUCCUUUAAUUCUCUGCAACAGGGUCUCCCUCCCAAUCAUAAUUCGUGUAAGAGAAUUUCUUCUACUACUACUGGAAUUGUUGCUCGCUUUGCCUCUAAACCCACCAAGCAAUUCGAUUCUUUCAAGGUACAUGCAACUGUUGCUGAAACUGAACAGCCGAAAUGGUGGGAAAAAAAUGCAGGACCAAACAUGGUUGAUGUUCAUUCUACACAGGAAUUUUUGAGUGCUUUAAGUCAAGCUGGAGAUAAAUUAGUUAUUGUUGAAUUUUAUGGUACUUGGUGUGCUUCUUGCCGAGCACUAUUUCCCAAGCUUUGCAAAACUGCUGCAGAGCACCCUGAAAUUUUGUUCCUUAAAGUCAAUUUUGACGAGAAUAAGCCGAUGUGCAAAAACUUGAAUGUAAAGGUGCUUCCUUAUUUCCACUUCUAUCGUGGAGCGGAUGGACAGUUGGAUUCCUUUUCUUGUUCACUUGCUAAGUUUAAAAAAAUAAAGGAUGCUAUUGAAUCGCACAACACUGCUCGUUGCAGCAUUGGUCCAAGUAAGGGUGUUGGAGAUCUUAACCUUGAAGCUUUAUCUGCUCCACAGAAGAUAUGAAAUGAGAAGAUUUUUAUUUUGAUUCAGGCUUCUGUCUAUAAUUUGCAUCCCCCCUUGUUUGUGGCCAUCAAAAGUGAUGUCUGAUAUAUUAUUUUGUAAGUUUUCAUUUUUCUUUGUGAACAAAGUAGUAACUAGACGAGCUUACACUACUGCUGCAUUCUUUGUCGUCGUCGUUCUACCUGUGAUGUAGAAUUCUUCUACUUUCAGAAUUCCCAUGAAAAUGAAAUUCCACCAGGCUGUGCCUAUUUUAUGAUA